AGAGGCGAUCUCUACCUAUUCCAUUUUUAUUUUUAAAAAAAUAGCGGUUGGAAAGAUCAGGUGAAGGAAUUGCAAAACAGCCAGAUCGCUAAUGGGGGGUGUUGGUAUUUUCACUUGUUCUCCAUGUUUAUCGCCUGGUUUACUUUUUUUACUUGUCUUUCUGUUUUUUUCGUAUCUCAGAUCAAAAAUUUGGAUUUUCUGACCAGAAACAACAUGGAAAAAAAGUUGUGCCAUUAUUUUUUGUUUGUUUUGCGUCUGUCCAUACUGACGAAUUCGAGGGGUGGUAUGCAAAUCAUUUUCAAUGUCAUACCAUAUUUAGAAUUUUUCCUUAAGAAAUACCAUCCCCCAACCUCCCCUCCCAUGUUUGUACCUCACAGCGAAUACAAAAAAAAACAGGAAGAAACAAGCACACGCACAAAGAAAAAAAUUCAUUCUAUUUUUGACGUUGCACAAAUAAAAAAAGCAUGAUCUCAAUUCCCUCCUCCUAAAAAACCACUUGUCAUAUUUACCCGCAUAAGAAACCCAAAUCCACCCACCCCCUUCUAUUUUUUUGUGGCAAGUGAAAUAAUUGGCUAAUUUCGGCACAACCUUGUGCUUAAUUGGUCGUACA